AUGUUGUUAUCAAGCAGUGAAUUGUUUCCUGAAACUGUACAUAACCGUGAAGAAAAUGAAAGUAGUAUGUGGCAAUCACUAAAUGUGACGGCUUCACUCCCUGUCAAUAGUUGUCGUACUACAACAACUACAUCAGCGGAAUAUAUUUUAAUGGCACCAACUUCAGCCGCAGUGCCUUUACAUAGCGAAGCGGUUACAUUUGUUAAUCAAAAUGUAUCAUAUGAAAUUAAAUGUCGCAGAUGUCUAGUUGACUCGUGUUCAACAGAUCAAGAUCUGUUUUUUAAAACAGUAGUCACUGUUUGUUUUGAUGGAAAUAAAUCGCGUGAUCAUGUAGGACAGUUGACAGAGAUAUGGAAAUCGAAAAAUCCUGGAAAGCGUUUCUUUGAGUUUGAUUUACCAAGUUGUUCAAAUGUGUCAGAUGUUAAAUAUGGAUUACGAUCAGCCGAAUUUGUCUGGGAUAGCUCAUUGUUAAAUGCUACAUUAUAUAUCAAAUUUUUUGUUUUAAGUUCCGACUUCGUUGAAUCUUGUGGUGGAAAAGGAGAGCCAUUUCGGCUCAUUUUUGAAACUUAUUCUCGUAGAUCAAUGGAAUUUUUGCAACAAAAUAGUUCACUCAUUCAAAUUUUUAAGGCAUGUUUUCUAGUCAUACAAAUUUUAUUUAUGGAAUUGGCGAAAAUUAGUUUGUUUCAGUUACGUGGUGCUGAAAGGAAGCGAAAGAUCGAGCGAAAAAAAGCAGCAUUACAUGGACAGCAGGAACAAUUUCAACCAUCUUAUGACUAUACAUAUCUUCUGCCGACAGAAUUUGAAUUUGAAGCUGAUAAUAAAGAAAAAACGGAUUCAAUUUCAAUAAAAGGAUUAAAUAAUUCAAUAUUACCAUUGAGAAGAAAUAGUAUACUUUGCACAUCACCUGAUGUAGAUGAAAUUCAAAGGCUUGUUAGAAAGCGAAGUUGUUCUAGCACUCAGUUAGAUAAUCCUUCUCGAGAUACUUCAUCAAUAGAAUCGGAAAGUAUUGAAACACGUGUUCUUCCACAUCAUUCUCCAGUUUUUAUCACUAAAUGGCUUACCUUUCAUCGAUUCAAUCAUUAUGCGCAAAUUUUUCAAAAUUAUAAUGGAGAAGAUAUUCUUCGACUGAGCAUUGCUGAUUUAACUUCAUUAAUUGGCGACAAGCCUGAAGGACUGCGUUUGUUUCACUCAUUACGCAAUAAAGCUUUGGAGCCUCAGGCUACUAUUUAUAUAGCUCUAGAUGGAAACAAUGAAUAUGAGAUGAUAAAAUUAUACAGUGGAACUUUAGAUGAAUUGAAAGAACAAAUUCAGAAAAUGACUUGCAUUAAAGCCAAAUGUGUAUUCAUUCGUGGACCACGGGAUAUUCGAGUAAGAGUCACUGAUCAGGUUAUUGGAAGUUGGCGGAACGAAUCAAUAUUCCGACUGUUGAGAAAUGAGGAUGAAUAUAUGUUUAUAAAGGAAACAUAA